AUGACGGUUAAUUGUGUCAGGAAAACAAGGGAGAUGAAAAUCAACAUUACAGCUAAAAACAGGAGCUUUGUCUUUGCCCCAAUCUUUAACAACAUCACAGGAAGGUUGACUGUUAAUUGUGUCACCAACAAUAAAGAUAGGCACAGGCUCCCCGUGACCCGAGAAGUUCGGAUAAGCGGAUCUGAGGCUUUAGAAGUGAAAAUCUCAGAACUGGAAGGAGAAUUAAAGCUGCAGAGAGAAUCACAGCAGUGUGUCGAGCAUGAGAGGGAUUCCCUAGUAGGUGAAGUGUAUAGGCUUCAUCAGGAGGAAGUGAGAUGGAAGGAGACGGAGCAGAAGAAGAGAAAUCUGGAGUCGGAGCUCAGCGACACACGGAAGCUUCUGGAUACAGAGAGAGCAAAAUAUCACAGUAGUCAGCGCCAACAUGGGGCGAUGAUGGUGAAGCAGCGUGCCCUGCUGGAGCGUACAGAGACACUGGUACAGCAGUGUGAGGAGCUACAGGUUCAUCUGGACAAGUGUGAGGAUGAGAAAGCUGAGCUCACUGAGACACUCACACACACCACACAGGAGAAGAACACACUACAGGAACAGCUCACAGAGCAGAAGAAGUCUUCGUUCAUCUGACCAGGCUAUGUUGGUUGUCCCUUGUGUACGGCUCAAGCGUAGAGGAGAGCUUGCCUUUUCUGUGGCCGGUCCUAGAUUAUGGAACCCCCUGCCACUAGAGAUCAGGAUGGCACCGACCAUUUCUAGUUUUAAGCAUGCUAAAGACCCACUUAUCUUCUCUAGCCUUUUCAUGAUUGUCCAGGGUUUUAUGUCUCUUUAUAUAUUAUGGUUUAUAUUUAUAUCACUUUCUUUUAAACUGGUUAUUGUAUUGUAAUAAUUAUUAUUUUAGCUUUUUGAAUUCUAUUGUAUUGUGUAUGUGUGUAUUUUUAAGUGUAUGUGUAAUGUCAAACGCACUGUGAAGAACUUUGGUCAGCCAUGUGGCUGUUUGUAAAUGUGCUGAACUUGAAAACACUACAGGACAAAUACACAAAAUAGACAAAAUUAGUGUGAAUUCUGUAUAUUAAACAGUACAAUGGAUUACAGUAGAUGAUUCUGAACAAAGGAUUCUAGUAAACACGUCUACGGUUGUGUAAU